AUGCUACACAGACUGUUACGACUGUCUAAUUUCUCACUGACCAUUGUUCUACUUCCUUUCCUGCAAGGGUUAGAGAUUUCUGAUCCAGGGCAAGUGGUGUACAGGGAAGCCAGGACCAGUGGUGUGGUGGAACAUGAAGUAACCCUGGAAUGUGGCACCACCCUCCCUGAUGUCUACAUCUGGAGCUUCACUAAACCAGGCACAGACACUAUUCGAGCUGUGGUGUAUAACUUUGGCAAGGGUCCAAAGCUGCAGCAGCUGGCACAAGAUCUGGGUGAUCUGAAUGUAAUCACAAACACUGCAUCUCUGUCCAUAGAGAAGCUUCCUCUAGCUGCAGAGGGUUUGUACACCUGCCAGGCUCUGUAUGACACUGCUGAGGGAGCCAGACUCUACUACUACUAUGUGCAUCUACGGGUUUUAGUGCCUGUUUCCAAACCUUAUGUUCUACUGAGUAACUCGUCAGCAGUGGAGGGUUCAUCAUUUUGGAUGCGCUGUGGUCUGGAGAAUGGAACAGAGCCCAUUAGCUACACAUGGGAGCAGGAGAGCCGCAGUGGGCUGGUCACUACACUGGCUGAGAGCAACAGCAGUCUGAUCAACAUCAUCUGGGUCACUCGCAACCACACCGGCUGGUACAGGUGCCUGGCCAGGAACGAGGUCAACCAGCAGAACAGUGAUCAUAUCUGGUUAGAUGUCUUAUUUGGACCAGAUCUGCCUCAGAUUGAAGCCUCAGCUUACUCAGUGAUGGAGCAAGGCUACUCAGCCUUAGAGAAAGGAAAUGUCUCUCUCUCGUGUCAAGCCAUCUCUAACCCUCCCAGCCGAUAUGUCUGGUUUUACAACAACUCACAGAUCUACUCUGGACCACAGCUCAGCAUCUCUGUCAUCCAGCGUGUGGAUACUGGCAACUACACCUGUCUGUCCCAGAACACCUACCUCAACACCAGCUCAAAGAAAACAAUCACUCUCACAGUCUACUAUCCACCAGAUGGUGCUCCAACUUGCUCCAUGUUCCCAGCAAACAACUACACUGACCUGGCCCUUUUCUGUUCCUGGGUGGGUGGAUAUCCACCAGCAACACUGAAGUGGAGUCCAUAUGUGAACGGAGACAACCAACAGGAAAUUUAUAAUAUCACCCAAAUUCAGCCAGGCCCUGAUACUGCUAAUAACUCUGUAUUCACCUGCUAUGGUUCACAUGUUGCACUAAACAUCACCCAGAGCUGUAGCACCAGGACAUGGCUGCCUCCUGGAGAACCUCAGUGUUCUGCGAAUUCCAGCCGUAAUAAUGAACACCUGAUGCUGUCCUGCUCCUGGGAGGGUGGGUUCCCUCGUGCUCUGCUGUGGUGGGCCUCUAGUUCAGGGGAAAUGCAGGGCACAUCUGAGGAGACCUCCAACAUCCUGGUUCUGCGCUCCAGUGCCAACUACAGCAGCAAAACCUUUGUAUGCUAUGCUAAACAUCCGCUAAAUAAAGACAGCAAGAAGUGUAUGUUAAAACUUGAGGCACCGGUAUUGGUAGCUGACCGCAGUGUCGUUUCUGUCUAUGAAACCAAUGAUGUCCAACUCACCUGCCUUCUGAGCAGACACUACCCAGCAGUCACAGAGGUCACCUGGUACAACAACUUAAAGCAGAACGUAGGUGACACACCCAAGAAGUACGUCCUUCAGCAAGCUGCAGCCUGGUCCAACCUAACAGUGCGGGAAACAGACAGCAUGGUAGACAGUGGCCAGUACUGGUGUUCUGCUACCAACGCUGUGGGAAGAACAGAGAUGCCCAUAUUGUUGGUGGUAAUGAGGUACCCAAUGCCUCCAAACAUCACCGUCAGUAAAAUCAUAUACAGUAGUCGACAGCGGACAGAUGUUAAUAUGGAGUGGCUGAUCCAGACAGAUGGUGACCUUACUGGAUUCUUUAUAGAGUACCAAAAGCUCUCUGUCCCUGUGGGGAAGAAUGACAAUGUUCCUGUCUGGCAGAAAGUGGCAGUAGAUCUGGAGCCCAGCAUCCGCAGCUACCAGAUCAACAAUCUGGAUCCUACCGUGACAUAUGCUUUCCGCAUUACAGCUAUGAAUUGUCGUACCACUGGAAAUCCUUCAGACAUCAAGAGCCCAGUGUCAGUGCCAGUCUCUAAACCCUACAUUGUGCUGAGUGAUCCCUCACCUGUGGAAGGCACAUCAGUGUGGAUGCGCUGUGGUCUGGAGAAUGGCACAGAGCCCAUUAACUUCAUAUGGGAGCAGGAGAGCCGCAGUGGGCUGGUUACCACACUUGCUGAGAGCAAUCGCAGUCUGAUCAACAUUACCUGGGUUACCCGUAACCACACAGGAUGGUACAGGUGCCUGGCCAGGAACGAGGUCAAUCAGCAGCGCAGUGACCGCAUCUUGUUAGAUGCUAUAUAUGGUCCCGACAUGCCUCAGAUUGAUGUCACACCCUACUUGGUAACAGAGAGUGGUUUCUCAGCCUUAGAGAAAGGGAAUGUUUCCCUCAUGUGUCAAGCCUCCUCUAACCCUCCCAGUCAGUAUGUCUGGUUCUACAACAACUCCCGUAUCAACGGUGGACCACAGCUCAGCAUUAUCAAGAUCCUGAGAACGCACACUGGCAACUAUUCCUGUCUGGCUCAAAACACUUUCCUCAACACCCGCUCCACAAAAUCAAUCACUCUUACUGUCUACUAUCCACCAGAUGGCGCUCCAUCGUGUACCAUGCUCCCAGUGAACAACUACUCUGACCUGUCCCUUUUCUGCUCUUGGCUGGGCGGAUAUCCUCCAGCUACCCUGAAGUGGAUUCCAUAUAUGAAUGGAGACGACAGAGGGGAAAUCACUAACAUCUCUCGGAUCUACCCAGGCCCUGAUAUUGCUAACAGCUCUGUAUUCACCUGCUAUGGCUCACAUGUUGCACUAAAUGUCACCCAGAGCUGCAGCACUAAGACGUGGCUGCCCUAUGGAGAACCCAAGUGUUCUGCGAAUUCCAGCCGUAAUAAUGAGUACUUGACGCUGUCCUGCUCCUGGGAGGGAGGUUUCCCUCGGGCUCUGCUGUGGUGGGCCUCUAGUUCAGGGGACAUGCAAGGCACAUCUGAGGAGACUUCAAACAUCCUGGUCCUGCGUUCUAGUACCAACUACAGUGGCAAGACAUUUGUAUGUCAUGCCAAACAUCCUUUGGCCAAAGAAAGCAGGCAAUGUGUGUUAAAGCUAGAGGCCCCAGUCUUGAUGACUCAACGGAGUGUGGUCUCAGUUUUUGAAGGCAGCAACGUUCAACUCACCUGCAGUCUGAGCAAAAACUACCCCGCAGUCACAGAGAUUACCUGGUACAACAACACACAGCAAAAAGUGGGAGACAAACCCAAUAAGUAUGUUGUGCAGCAAGCAGCUGGUUGGUCCAGCUUGAUGGUGCAGGAGACGGAUGGCAUGGUGGACAGUGGUCAGUACUGGUGCUCUACAACCAAUGCUGUUGGAACAGCAGAAAUUCCCAUCACAUUGCUGGUGAUAAUUGCACAGUGCAGGAUAAUAUAUUAUUUUUAAGUUUAUUUUAAUGUUGCAGUGCCCGUUUCCAAACCUUAUAUUCAGCUGAGUGACUCUUCACCAGCAGAGGGUAUGUCAGUGUGGAUGCGCUGUGUUGUGGAAAAAGGUACGGGUCCAGUUAACUACAUAUGGGAGCAGGAGAGCCAAACUGGAUUGCUCACAACACUGGCUAAGUGGAACAGCAGUCUUGUCAAUGUCACUUGGGUUACCCGUAAUCACACUGGCUGGUACAGGUGCCUGGCCAGGAACGAGGUCAACCAGCAGCGCAGUGACCGUAUCUGGUUAGAUGUCUUAUAUGGCCCUGACUUACCUCAGAUUGAUGUCAUAACCUACUCAGUAAUGGAUCGAGGUUACAUAGCACUGGAAAAAGGAUCCGUUUCUCUCAUGUGUCAAGCCUCCUCUAAUCCUCCAGGCCAGUACAUCUGGUUCUACAAUAACUCAGAGAUCUUCAGUGGAGCACAGCUCAUCAUCACCAAGGUUCUGCAUGGGCAUGCAGGGUACUAUACCUGUCUGGCCCAGAACACUCAUCUCAACACCCGCUCCAAGAAGACCAUAACUCUCACCGUCUACUAUCCACCAGAUGGAGCUCCAUCUUGUUCCAUGUUUGCAGCAAACAACUACACUGACCUGGCCCUCGUCUGCUCCUGGGAGGGGGGUUACCCUCCAGCUGCUCUGAAAUGGAGUCCAUAUGUGAAUGGAGACAAUCAACAAGGAGUCAGUAAUGUCACUCGAAUUCAGCCAGGCCCUGAUACUGCUAACAACUCUGUAUUCACCUGCUAUGGUUCACAUGUUGCACUAAAUGUCACGCAGAGCUGUAGCGCCAGGACAUGGCUGCCCUAUGGAGAACCCCAGUGUUUUGUAUAUGUAACUCGUAAUAAUGAGUACCUGAUGCUGUCCUGUUCCUGGGAAGGUGGUUUCCCUCGGGCUCUGCUGUGGUGGGCCACCAGUUCAGGGGACAGGCAGGGUACAUCUGAGGAGAACUCCAACAUACUGGUGCUACGUUCCAGUGCCAACUACAGUGGCAAAGCCUUUGUGUGCCAUGCCAAACACCCACUAAAUAAAGAGAGCAAGAUGUGUGUAUUAACAUUGGAGGCUCCAGUGUUGAUGACUCAGCGCAGUGUGGUUUCUGUCUAUGAGGGUAAUGAUGUCCUGCUCACCUGCAUUCUGAGCAAAAACUAUCCAGCAGCCACAGAGGUCACCUGGUACAACAACUUAAGGCAGAACGUAGGUGAAACACCCAAGAAGUAUGUCCUUCAGCAAGCUGCAGCCUGGUCUAACCUGACAGUGCGGGAAACAGACAGCAUGGUGGACAGUGGCCAGUACUGGUGUUCUGCUAAAAACGCUGUCGGAGGAGCAGAGAUCCCUGUCAAAUUGGUGGUGUUGAGGUACCCAAUGCCUCCAAAUGUCACCAUCACUAAAAUCACAUACAGCAGCCAUCAGCGGACAGAUGUUACUGUGGAGUGGCUGAUUCAGGCAGAUGAUGACCUCACUGGGUUCUUCAUUGAGCUUCAGAGGCUCCCUGUAGGCAAAAGUGGCAUUGUCCCUCUCUGGCAGAAAGUGGCAGCAGAUCUGGAUCCCAGCACUCGCAGCUACCAGAUCAACAACCUGGAUCCUACUGGCAAAUACGCUUUCCGUGUAACAGCUGUCAAUCGCCGUACCAUUGGACAUCCUUCAGAGAUCAAGAGUCCAGCUCUGCCACCUUUCAGGGCCUAUUCUGCUGUGAUCGGAGCAGCCAUCGGAGGUAUGCUUGUGGCGACAGUAGCUACUGUGCUGAUCUUCAUUUAUGUGGUGAGGAACCGCAACAACAUCCCACGUUUUCAUGACAUGAUAUUUGGCAGGCAGAACAGCCAGUCCAGAGAAAAUAUCAACUUCCCUGAGGACGAGGUUACUGGAGAAGAUGCAAGUCCUUCAGUUCCAGGUUUCAGGAGUGAUCCUGUGAUAACGCCAAGACCCAGCUCAACAGCAACACACCUGUGCUCCUCCCCCAUGAAAUAAAUCUCCUUCACAGCCUCA